GACAGAAGCGAAACUGAGAGGAGCCACCACAACAAAACUUCUCCAACAAUCAAGCAAGUGGAGCUACAGACUGGCUUCUCUCCUUGUUUUUUUUUUCUCCCCCCUCCACGCAUGGCUGCCUAGUUCCAGCAGAGAGAACUUGUGCUGUAUAAAGUUGUGGGUGCGGAAGGAGACGGGGGUCCCCGCUUUGGAAAGAUGGACCAGUUAAUAAGGAGCAGGUCGAGCUGGAGAAUACCGCUGUUUCUUUUUAUCCUGCUUCACGUCUCGACGGCACAAGCUGCUGAUCCCAUUGAUGUUCUGCGAGUACUGGAGCUGUCAGAGAACAUGGAGGGGGUGUCCUUGGAGGCUGGUCUCUGCACGAGCAGGAGGGGCAUGGAGGAGACAGACCUGGCCUACAAGAUCAAAAAGAUCCAGCUCAGCGCUCCCACCAAGCAACUCUUCCCUGAUUCCAAAUUUCCAGAGAAUUUCUCCCUCAUGACUACCAUGCGAGCAAAAAAGGGCUCCCAGUUCUUCCUGCUGUCAGUCUAUGAUGACCAGGGGAUGCAGCAGCUGGGACUUGAAGUGGGUCGGUCACCUGUUUUCCUGUAUGAGGACCAGCACGGGCAGCCCACACCAGAAAUGUACCCUAUUUUCAAGAAGAUCAACAUGGCCGAUGGAAAAUGGCACCGCAUAGCCUACAGUGUCCUGAAGAAGACCGUGACCCUUUACUUGGAUUGUCAGAGGGUAGAGACCCUGGAUCUGCUGCGAGGGGACGAUGCUGUAGUCAGCACAGAUGGAGUCACCGUGUUCGGGACACGGCUGCUGGAUGAAGAUAUAUUCGAGGGAGACAUCCAGCAACUUCUGAUUGUGGAAGACCCCCAGGCUGCUGCCAGCUACUGUGAAAACUACAUACCAGACUGUGACUUUGCUUUGCCCUACAACAGCCAAGCUCCGGAGCCGCAGAAGAACUCCCAACUUGAUGUCUUGAUGCAAAGUGACCAACCAGCUGAACCAGUGGAGGGCUCCAAAAAGGACAGGAAAGGCAAAAAGAACAAAAAGAAGAGAGAUAAGGGCUCUAAAGGCAAACGCAAAGGCAAGGGCAAGAGGGGAUCGAGGAAGAGAAAACAUGAAGAGCAAGGCGUUGAGGACAGCUUUCUCAGAGCGUCCACAACACUUGCUGGGUAUCAAUCGCAAGAACCUUUCCAACCCACGGAUCUGCCAGAAAUGAAGAACGCCCUAGAAACUGUCAUUCCCACUGCGGUCUUCGACAGCACCCUCAUGGAGAUGCCCACACGUGAACCUGACUUCACAACCGAGGCCCCCACCGUGCUACAUACGACACUGCCUGUGUCAAAGGUUACGGAGGAGGGUGAGGCGCCAGUGAAGAAGCCGGUGGUAGAGGAGUAUGGAGAUGACCUUUAUAGAGACCUAUAUGAUGAUUUAUCAGUUUCCACAGUAACGACGGGCCCGAAUGUUACUGAAUAUGAGUUUCUUGAAUAUGAAGAUCUCAAGAAUGACACAGAGUCAGAGUAUGAAGAGUAUGAAACGUACGAGGAUUUUGAGUUUGCGGAGCGGGAACAAGCCGAGACGUGGGAUGUAGAGGCUACCCUCAGAGCAGAGAAAGGCCAGAAGGGAGAGCCAGCUAUUAUUGAACCGGGCACAUUAGUGGAAGGCCCCCCAGGCCCACCAGGGCCAGAGGGACUUGCUGGCCCAGCUGGACCAACAGGAACUCCAGGACCCAGGGGAGAUCCCGGUGAAUUGGGUCCCCCCGGACGUCCUGGUCUUCCUGGGGCUGAUGGGAUUCCAGGUCCUCCAGGAACACUGCUGAUGCUACCAUUCCAGUAUGGAGGUGAUUCCCAGAAGGGACCAGUGGUGUCUCCCCAGCAGGCCCAAGCACAGGCCAUCCUGCAGCAGGCCCAGCUGUCACUCAAGGGGCCUCCAGGUCCGAUGGGGCUGACAGGGCGACCAGGCCCACUGGGUGUUUCAGGUCCCUCGGGGCUCAAAGGAGACCAAGGAGACAGCGGCCCUCCUGGAACACGCGGGUUGCCAGGUCCUGCUGGGAUUAACGGAAAGGCAGGCAAGAGGGGGCGUGCAGGAGUGGACGGAGGUCGUGGAGCUCCAGGUGAAACAGGCUCUAAGGGUGACAGGGGCUUUGACGGCCUGCCAGGUCUCCCAGGAAACAAGGGACACAGAGGAGACAGAGGAAAGCCUGGUCCUCAUGGGCCUGUCGGAGAGCCAGGAGAGAAGGGAUCUGAUGGACCUGUGGGGCCGAGAGGACAACCAGGCGAACCUGGUUCUCGAGGUCUUGUUGGGCCAAGGGGGCCACCUGGCCCACCUGGCCAACCGGGAAUUCGUGGAAUUGAUGGAGUACAAGGGUCAAAAGGCAACCUGGGUCCUGCUGGAGAAAUAGGGCCCCCCGGUCAACAGGGCAAUCCAGGAGCGCAGGGCUUGCCUGGUGCUCAGGGUCCCAUCGGACUGCCAGGAGAGAAGGGUCCCCAGGGGAAACAAGGUAUGCAGGGACUGCCAGGUGUUGAUGGGCCUCCCGGUCACCCAGGAAGAGAGGGCUCCCCAGGAGAAAAAGGCGUCCAAGGUUUAUCAGGUGCUAUGGGGCCUGUUGGAUACCCAGGGAUGCGUGGAGUCAAGGGAGCAGAUGGAGUUAGAGGUCUGAAGGGGAGCAAAGGAGAAAAGGGAGAAGAUGGCUUCCCUGGGUUCAAGGGUGACAUGGGCAUCAAGGGAGACCGGGGUGAUAACGGAGCUCCCGGUUCUCGUGGAGAGGAUGGACCAGAGGGGCUGAAGGGUCAAGCAGGGCCCUUGGGGGAUGCAGGAGGUCCGGGGAUAGCUGGCGAGAAGGGUAAACUUGGUGUGCCUGGUUUGCCAGGAUACCCAGGAAGACAAGGUCCUAAGGGAUCACUUGGUUUCCCUGGUGGGGCCGGGGUCCCAGGAGAGAAAGGACGAAGGGGUCCAGCCGGUCAGUCAGGCCCUGGGGGUCAAAGAGGUCCCAAUGGAGUCCGAGGGGGACGAGGUGCAAAGGGGCCCACUGGAAAGCCUGGAGAAAAGGGUACUGCUGGACAAGAUGGUCCUCCAGGAUCCCCUGGAGAACAGGGUCCCCUAGGACCACAGGGGAGAAAUGGUGAACCAGGACCUAAAGGGCCUAAUGGUCCACCUGGAAAGGAUGGAUUGCCAGGCCAUCCAGGUCAGAGAGGAGAACCAGGCUUCCAAGGAAAGAACGGCCUCCCCGGCCCCCCAGGUGUUGUUGGACCACAGGGCAAAUCUGGUGAGACAGGGCCAACUGGAGAUCGAGGCCAUCCAGGUUCACCAGGACCACCAGGUGAGCAUGGUUUACCAGGAACUGCCGGAAAGGAGGGUGCCAAGGGAGACCCAGGUCCACAAGGAUCUCCAGGGAAGAGUGGCCCCGCUGGGCUUCAAGGCUUCAGAGGAAGCAGAGGAACCCCUGGUGCAAUGGGUCCUGCAGGUCUGAAGGGAGGGGAGGGCCUACCUGGUGUUGCAGGAUCUAUUGGUGCCACUGGAGAGAGGGGCCCUGCUGGGCCGGCUGGCGCUAUUGGCCAGCCAGGACGGCCCGGCGGCGUGGGUCCUGCUGGGCCGAUGGGAGAGAAAGGCGAGCCAGGAGAUAAGGGGCCUGUGGGGCCGGCUGGGCAUGAUGGAGAACUGGGACCUAUCGGGCUGCCAGGCACUGCAGGACCUUCUGGACCUCCAGGGGAGGACGGAGACAAGGGAGAGACAGGAGGACCAGGCCAGAAGGGCAGCAAAGGAGACAAAGGAGAAGCUGGCCCUCCAGGACCUGCUGGAAUUCAAGGACCUGUGGGCCAGCCAGGGCUAACUGGUGCAGAUGGUGAGCCAGGUCCUCGUGGGCAGCAGGGCAUGAACGGAGCAAAAGGAGAUGAAGGACCUCGAGGCUUUAAGGGGGCAUCUGGUCCUUCUGGACUACAGGGAAUGCCAGGACCACCGGGGGAGAAAGGAGAGAGCGGUCAUGUUGGCUCAAUGGGACCUCCAGGACAACAUGGCCCACGAGGGCCUCAAGGGCCCAUCGGUGGAGAGGGCCCACCUGGAAUGCCUGGUGGAGUUGGUCAGCCUGGACUUGUUGGAGAGAAGGGUGAGGAUGGAGAAGCUGGAGACCCUGGGUCAGUUGGAGAGCCUGGCGCUGCUGGUGGUAAAGGCGAUGUGGGGGAGAAGGGUGAUUCUGGUCCUCCUGGUGCAGCUGGGCCUCCAGGACCAAGAGGAACACCAGGAGAAGAUGGACCCAAAGGCAACCUUGGUCCUAUAGGAUUUCCUGGAGAUUCAGGGCCCCCUGGAGAACCUGGUGUCAAUGGAGUAGAUGGUGUAUCAGGGCCUAAAGGAGACAAUGGGGAACACGGCAAAGCAGGACCUCCUGGAGCCUCUGGAGAGCCCGGUCCUGCAGGACCUCCUGGACGAAGGGGCCAUAUAGGUGCUGCAGGAAAAGAAGGGAAGCAAGGUAUGAAGGGAUCCAAGGGGGCAACAGGAACCCUGGGUCCAGUGGGGAAGACAGGCCCAGUGGGACCCCAAGGGCAGCCAGGGAGGUCUGGUCCAGAAGGGCUUCGAGGCAUUCCAGGUCCUGCGGGUGAACAAGGACUAAAUGGACCUCCAGGACAGACUGGACCACCAGGACCAAUUGGGCCACCAGGACUUCCAGGAUUAAAAGGAGACCCUGGAACCAAGGGAGAUAAAGGUCAUGGUGGAUUGAUUGGACUAAUUGGACCCCCAGGAGAGCCUGGUGAGAAAGGAGACAGAGGCCUGCCAGGAAACCAGGGUACACAAGGACCUAAAGGAGAUCAGGGUGUGUCGGGUUCAUCUGGUCCCACCGGCCCACCAGGAUCACCUGGACUCUCGGGUGCAGCUGGUGAGAAAGGAUCGAAGGGAGACACGGGUGUCGUCGGUCCCAGAGGAGAUCCGGGCCGUGCUGGCCCCCCAGGACCUCCAGGACUCCCUGCAACAAUGGUUGAGCCCCUGCCUAUCAGAGAGGGCAGACGGAAGAGACGAAGGCACUCAGAUCAGGCAGGUGGAGCAGUCCCAUCCAGGGAGGAGGAUGGAGGUCUAGACAUGGAGGAGCACCUCCAGGGAGAUCAGCCUCUGGAGGAUGCUGAAGGAAUGGAGGAAGUCUUUGCCACCCUUUCUUCUAUGAAAAAUGAUGUGGAGCUUAUGAGAAAGCCUCUUGGGACUUUUGAGAGUCCUGCCCGGACCUGCAAAGAGCUCAUGAUGGUUCAACCGGACUACAAAGAUGGAGACUACUGGAUAGAUCCUAACCAGGGCUGUCACAGAGACUCCAUCAAGGUCUACUGUAACUUCACAGCUGAUGGAGAGACCUGUCUCUACCCUGACAAAAGGAUUGAGAUGGUGAAACUAGCAGCGUGGAACAAAGAGAAGCCAGGAAGCUGGUACAGCCGAUACAGGAAAGGCAAGCAGUUCUCGUACAAUGACAGGGAUGGGAACCCUGUCCAUGUAGUUCAGCUGACCUUUCUGAAACUACUAAGUGCCACAGCCAAGCAGAGCUUCACCUACACCUGCCAGAACUCAGCAGGCUGGUUUGACAGCACCUCCCGUUCCUACCAGCAUGCCCUCCGCUUCCGUGGAAGCAAUGACGAGGAGCUGACACAAGCCAAAAGCCCCUUCAUCAGUGCAGUGCAUGAUGGAUGUCAGCUCCGCAAAGGUCAGGAAAAGACUGUUUUAGAGAUUGACUCCCCCUCAGCAGAGCUGCUCCCUAUUAUAGAUGUGGCUCCAGCAGACUUUGGCAGCAGCAACCAGAAGUUUGGAUUCCAAGUUGGACACGUAUGCUUCAAUGGUUAAGCAUCUUUUUCAGCAACAAACGGAUAACAAGACCUGUGCAGCAAGUUUGUUGAGAAAGAAACAGGACAUUAACCGCUGCCCCAAACAAUAUUUAUUAUAUUAUGUUCCUGUAUGUGGUGGGUUUGUGGUAGAUUAUUUAAGACUCUGCAACAGCCAGUGAAAUAGUGUCUGUGGCUUUCCAACAGUAAGAAGAACGGCCAGAAAGAGGAUAUGCAACCAUGGGAACGAAGCACAUUUACCAAAGGGAAUUAUUCCAGUUAGAUAUAUUGAAUUUUAAGUGUUUUUUUGUUUUUUUAAUUUUUUUUUUUUUCAUCUCACUGUUUGAGAGUCCUGUAAUGAAUCCUCUUGAAAUACAAGGACUAUGCCACUUGACGAUGACCACUUUUAAAGAAGACAGAUCUGUCCGUUCAUGGAGAAGAGCCGUCUUUCUGUGGUAUGGGUCAGCUGAGUGGGACUUUGCAAACCAUGGAUGAACUAGUUGCUACCUAAUGUUUUCAAAUGACUGAGACUGAAUAAAUCAGAGACGUCAUCAUACUCAUUUGCAUGCUUGGAUUUCACUAUAAUGACAAUUGCAUAGCAGUUGUGAACUAGCCUAGCAUAUUAAUUCCACACAAGCACUAUAAUUAAUUUCCUGUGUGCAGGAAUGAUAAAUUGUCCUUUUUACCCUUCAACUGCAGUUUGCUCAGUGAAUUACCUUGAUUUGUAUUCUUUACGUGUAGCUAGGUAUUGAACCCAACACUUACUUGAACAAAUAAGGUUGUUUCCUUUAUUGGACUGCUUCUCUCCAUGGGCUUGAUAAUAAGCUUUUUGAGCCCUCCGUGUUCCCACAGCCUACAGUACUGUAUAAGUCGGAAUAACAUCUAUUUCACUGUGGUAUAUGUACUUGCUAUGACAUACCUAGGUUGGGGAUGUUUCAAGGCAGGAAUUAAAAACAUGCUGAUUAAAGUGUUCUCUAGUCUAAACUGCAGUCCUUUAUACCAAGAGAUAUUUCACACAUCUCUUGAAAGCAUUUUGUAAUUGCUGACAUAACCUGUUUUUUAUUUUCUACCCUACUCAGAGUGUUUUUUUUUUCUCUUUUUUGUUCAUAUGUUGAAAAUUGAACAGAGCGCAUUGCUGUUCAUUUGGCAUGAUUUUACUCUUCAGUGGUGCUAAAGAUGAUUCUGUUAUAUUUGUGUCACUAUGUUUGUGUGUCUCCGUGGGCAGGAUUGUAGGACUAGAGAGUGAGAGGGUUAUUGCUCUUUCAGCAGCACAAAACACCCUCGGAGGCUGGGGACUCGUCCACUGUUUUUUUUUUUGCACAUCUUCCGGCUGAUUGUGCCAAUUUCACAGGGCCAGUGCAAGGAGGUGAGGAACAGUUCAGAGCAAUGUGGUUGAUCACUUUAAAGGGAAAAAUCACUCUUACGCCAAAAUUUGCAUUCUGCCGUUCCAGCAAUAUUGGAAAGUUUGGCACAGAUUAUAGCAUCACAAUAGGAGUUAAUAAUGUUGUCAAGUUAUGAGAAGUUGCUCCAUUAUACAUUUUCUCAGAGAUUUUUUUUUCUUCAAUCCGAUUUGCCACAACCCUGUCAUAUUACCAUGGGUGCUAUUACAGUGUUGCAAGUGUAAUUCCAUUAUUCACAGUCUGUGGAGCAGCUCCAGGAUUUGUUUUUAGACAAUGUCACCCCUACAGUUUGUCUCUGCAGUCUUUUUUUGAAUUACUGAAUGGAUCUGUGAAAUACUACAGAAAUGACGCCUAUGUUAAUUCUUUUUUUUUUUUUUUGCUUGAUUUACUCUUCAGCAAAUCCUCUACCUCCUCUAGCUUGACUAGUAGCUUGUCUAUCCAGCAUAGGUCGUUUUGCAAUUUAUCCUCGCUGUUCUGUUUGUUUCACCGCAUUUAACAGUGCAACUAUGAAUCCCUCUCCUCCUGUCCGAUCGUGCACUGCCCGUCCUGUGUAUAGUGUUUGUUGUACUAAUUUUAUAUACUGUACAGUUAUUCUGAGGACUUUGAAAGCAAUAACCUGUUGCCUGAAUGAAAAACAAUUGUAUUUGUCAACAAAUGAUGUGCAAAUAAAAACAAACAAGAAAUUA